GUUUCUAAAAUGCAAUGAACUAAAAUCCAUUGUUCAACUUAUUUGACUCCAUAUUGAAAGAAUAUAAAAUACAAAAAUAUUAGGGUGUUAGUUUACCACUUACUGAAUUCCCUGUGACAGCCAGGAAACCAUGGUGAUCGUUGUGUCACAGAAAGGGUGUAAACACCUUCACAUUUCAUGUGUGUGAUGUUUUGAUUGGUGUCAGUGUAUGAUGAUGGUGAUGAUGAUGAUGAUGAUGAUGAUGAUGGUUUUGGUGUAGUGGUGAUGCUGACAGGAGCUGGAGGAGUUGAUUACUUUCUCAGCCAAUCAGCGGACGGAGUGGAUGCUGACGCAGGCAACCGUGGCGUGUGAUCAUGCUGGUCAACCGCUGUCUGUGAAGAGCAGCGUCAGACACCAACACCACCAACAGUAGGAGGAGGAGCAGCAUCAGCAGCUUAUCGCGGUGAUGGAGGAGGAAACGUGAGCAAAGCUGCAGCAGUAGUACAGAUCCGGACAGGAUGCUGCAGAUGCCGUGCUGCUGAGACCACAGGUGGUGGCAGUGGUGGUGGAGGAGCCGUGAUCAGUCCGUGUCGGCCGCAGCUACACCUGCCGUGGAUGAUUUUCUCCAUGGGUUGCGGAGGGAGUCGGGCGGACGCGAUCAUCGAGCCGAGGUAUCAUGAGAGCUGGACCAGAGAGACGGAGUCGACGUGGCUGACCAAUACGGACGUGGAGACGCCGCUGCCGGUGGCCGCCGGUAAAGCUCUAGAGGCCAGUCUGAGAGAGAAGAGGACAGUGACCACAGGAACCCAGUGUGGGAAGCAGGCUCUCACCUCCACUGGCUCCAACCACCAGAGGAGGUCCAGACGCUCCCUGACUGAGCGAACAGCUCGUGACUCCAAAAGAAGGGCGUCAAAAGAGGCCAAUGUUCCAUCCAAGGAUGGUCAGCCUGUCAACAUCAGCGGCGGCGAGGAGGCUGAAGCAGGAAAGGAGAGUGAUGAAAGAUGAAGAGAAACAGAAAUGCUGUGGAAAUGCAGGAGACUGAGGCCGUGGGCAGUCCCCCACAUGACAGAACGGUGUAAUACAAUAGUGUGUAGUUAACACUGGAUGGGACUUUGGAAGAGUUUGGCCUUUAGGUCUUGCCGAUUUACAACAUAAGCACCUGCAUACGCCUCCACCCAAAGACCUUGGGAUGCUGCAUCUUUGCUGUGCCAUUGCAAGUGUGUGCAUGAAGCAAGGAGUGGUCCACAUACAGUGUUCACACUCUCCACUGUGCUUGUCUGCCAUGCUUAUGGUGCCGGUCAGGGAAUGGGUCACUGUGUUAAGCCAAGACUGUACAGUUCCAUAUGCACAUGAUAAUCACUAUCUGCACAUCCAGUGUAAUCUGUGUGGGGCCUUUCUUAAGACUUUGCUUCAGUUGUUUGUGUCAGUGUGUGUGUUUUUUUGUUGUGAUCUAAGAAAACAAAAAAAGCAAUGAUGGUGUUGUUUAAACUUGGUUAAUGGUGAAAAUGUCUUUAAACCUGAAGUGCUGUUCACAACCCCAGAUUUGGAGACUCAAAGGCUGAAAAUUAUAAGUUGCAGCCUUUGCAAGAAAAAGAAACAAACACACCUGCAUGUGCCUACAAUUCAUUUAGACUGAACUCUUUUUGCCUUCACUUAAGAAGUUUUAUGUUGGACCAUAUAUUUUCCAGUUCACGUUAUACAUUAUGUUUAAUACUGUUAUUUACCUUUAAUGUGCUUGUACGUAGCGGGCUACACAAACAAAUUCAAAACUAAACAAUAAAUUACACUAAAACACAAAUAGCAGUAGAUGGCGCUGUUUUGCCAACCUACUUAAAUCAAGCAUUUGAAUAGCCCCCAAAACAAAUAAAUAUAGAUAACGUUCUUUUUCUUUUCUUUUUUCAAUUUGUCAAAUCUGAUGUCACAUCCUGUUACACUUUAAAUUAUUAAAUUAUUAUCAAAUUAUAUUAAUACAAUUUUAACUUAGGUGGAUUAGGCAUUUUUGCUUUUUAACAAGUAGUUAAUUGUUUGCAUCUUCUUUGUUUGUUAAAACUAACAAAAAUUGUCUGUGUCCCUAACUAUUGCUAAAGGUUAUUCAUCAAUUAUGAGCGGAUGGCUAUGCUUUUGUUCUAUACACGAAAUUACAGUGCAGUCCAUGUUAAAAUCUAUGUUAAAUUUCUCUUUUCUUCGUUACAUGACUUCCCGUUGACAUAGCUUGAUUUCAAUACCCUAAUUGUCUGCCUGUAAUUUUUGACUUUAAGUAAGAACAAACAAAUGUGGUUAGUUCGAAAGCCCUUUGGACAAUACAGUAUGUUCACGGAUGAGAUAGAUAAUAAGUUAAAAAUAAAAUACAUAGCCGAA